AGCGGAGCUCCGGUGCCGCCGCCGCCAGCGGGAGCGUGCCCGUCGCCUCUGCCCUCUGCUCUGCGUGGGAUCGCCGCCGCCCGCCCGCCGGGGGCUCCCCGAGCCGGGGCGAGGUGAGUAGGGGAACCGCCCUCCGCCGGGGGGUGCGCCGCAUCGCCCCUGGGGGCCGGCGGCUGAGGGGGAGCGGGCGGGCAGCGCCUCUUCGUGCCGCCUCCCUCAGCUCGCCGCGGGCUGCGGGGGGACCGCGCCGGGCGGGGGGGAGCGGGGCGGAGGAGCGUCGAGGGAUCGGCGAGGUGGCGGCACCCGCCCCGCGCGGCGCCGGGGGUGUUUUUUUCAAACCGAGCGUUUGCACGUCGAUGGCCGGCGGGGGCUUUCUGAUGGAGCAAUUAUCGGAUGAAGAGCUUGACCAUGGUGCAGAAGAAGACAGUGAUAAGGAAGAUCAGGAUCUGGACAAGAUGUUUGGGGCCUGGCUAGGAGAACUGGACAAACUCACACAGAGUUUGGAUUCAGACAAGCCUGUGGCACCAGUGAAGAGAUCACCUCUCCACCAAGAAACCAACCUUGCCAACUUCUCAUAUCGUUUCUCCAUGUACAAUUUGAAUGAAGCUCUGAAUCAGGGGGAGACUGUGGAUCUAGAUGCCCUCAUGGCUGAUCUCUGCUCCAUAGAGCAGGAGCUCAGCAGCAUUGGGUCUCAUUCAGCAAAUAAUACUGCAGUGAAACGCCUUGCCACAGAAUCGAAAGUUCAGAAACCACCUGCUAGCCGUCCUUCUACUAAGCAUGGCAGUAUGAAAGGAUUAUCCUCUUCAUCUGGUAAGGUUACUAAACCACCACAUGCCAACGUUUCUCUGGAUGACAUCACUGCACAAUUAGAGAAAGCUUCCUUGAGCAUGGAUGAGGCAGCCCAGCAGUCUAUAGCAGAAGAUGCCAAACCAGUAGUUAAUGCCCAGCACAGGAGGACAGCAUCUGCUGGCACAGUGAGUGAUGCUGAGGUACGCUCAAUCAGUAACUCCUCCCGUUCCAGCAUAACUUCUGCAGCUUCCAGCAUGGACUCUUUGGAUAUUGAUAAGGUGACAAGACCUCAGGAACUGGACUUGACAUCACAAGGGCAACCAAUCACCGAGCACUCCUAUUUGGACAGGGAAACCUCCCUCCUUCUGAGAAACAUUGCAGGAAAGCCUUCUCACUUACUGACCAAGGAGGAACAGGCUGCUAAACUGAAAGCUGAGAAGAUUAGAGUGGCGUUAGAGAAGAUUAAAGAGGCACAAGUGAAAAAGUUGGUGAUCAGAGUCCACAUGUCUGAUGACAGCUCAAAAACAAUGAUGGUGGAUGAGAGGCAGACGGUGAGACAAGUAUUAGACAAUCUGAUGGACAAAUCACAUUGUGGUUAUAGUUUAGACUGGUCAUUGGUGGAAACCAUCUCUGAAUUGCAGAUGGAAAGGAUCUUUGAAGAUCAUGAAAAUUUAGUUGAAAAUCUUCUCAAUUGGACAAGAGACAGUCAAAACAAGCUAAUGUUUGUGGAACGUAUAGAGAAAUAUGCGCUUUUUAAGAAUCCUCAGAACUAUCUUCUGGGGAAAAAAGAAACCUCUGAGAUGGCAGACAGGAAUAAAGAGGUGCUGCUGGAGGAGUGUUUCUGUGGAAGUUCUGUAACUGUGCCAGAAAUAGAAGGAGUUCUGUGGCUGAAAGAGGAUGGUAAGAAGUCUUGGAAGAAACGUUACUUUCUUCUUCGAGCUUCAGGAAUCUACUACGUUCCUAAGGGAAAGGCAAAGGUCUCGCGGGAUCUCGUGUGCUUUCUACAGCUAGAUCAUGUCAACGUUUACUAUGGACAGGACUAUCGGAACAAAUACAAAGCUCCCACAGACUACUGCUUAGUGCUGAAGCAUCCUCAGAUCCAGAAGAAAUCCCAGUAUAUUAAGUAUCUUUGCUGUGAUGAUGUAAGAACUCUACACCAAUGGAUCAAUGGCAUCCGCAUUGCUAAGUAUGGGAAGCAACUGUAUAUGAACUAUCAAGAUGCACUAAAGAGAACAGAAUCGGCGUAUGACUGGACUUCCUUGUCUAGCUCAAGUAUCAAGUCAGGCUCCAGCUCAUCUAGUUUGCCAGAGUCUCAAUCAAAUCAUUCUAAUCAAUCUGACAGUGGAGUUUCUGACACCCAGCCAACCGGACACGUCCGUUCCCAAAGUAUUGUCAGCUCCAUGUUCUCUGAGGCCUGGAAGAGAGGCACACAACUGGAGGAAUCCAGCAAGGCCCGAAUGGAGCCUGCAGGUCGGCCCUUCAUCUCUGUUGCACCUCCUGUGUCCCCACAGACAAAAGUGGUGACCCCCUAUACAGCAUCACAGCCAUCCCCCCCACUUCCCCCUCCUCCACCACCACCUCCUCCCCCACCACCCCCUCCUCCUCCUCCCCCGCCUCCGCUCCCCAGCCAGGCCGCCCCAUCUGCUGCCUCGCCCGCUGCCAUGUUUGUUAAGUACAGCACCAUCACCAGGCUGCAGAAUGCUGCCCAGCACGGUGGGCCUUUUUCCAAGGCCCCUGCUGCUGCACAGCAGCCCCCCCUGCCCCCUCCAUCCUCAGGCAAGCCUCAGAUACUGGUGCCACCCAAUGGAGUCAUGCCACCUCCCCCCCCUCCUCCUCCUCCCCCCACACCGGGCUCAGCCAUGGCACAACUGAAGCCAGCACCCGUCGCCCCCUCUGUACCACAGUUCACGCCUCCACCGCCCCCUCCCAAAAUCCAUCAGGUUCAACCAAAUAUAAGUCAGGUGGCUGCUGCUGCUGCCUCACCAUUGCCACCACCUCCUCCCCCUGUGCCUGCCCCACCACCACCCCAAGCACCCCCAAAGCCUCUCAUGACAGCUCUCCCCCCACAGCCUAGCAGGAAGGCAGCGUCACCGGGGGUCUCGCACAUCACAUCCCCUGUGCCAGUUCCCUUGCCUCUUGCAGUUAAGAAACAGCCAACAUCUCCCCAGGUGCCUCCACUUCCCCAGGUGCCUCCACUUCCCCCGGCCCCUCCGGGCCCCACUCCUCCCCCAACAUUUCCAAAGCAACAGAGUUUUUCUAUGAAGCCUCCCCCAUCCCCUCAAUCCCCAGUGCCGUCAGUAGUGAAGCAGAUAGUCAGCCAGUUCCCACCUCCUCCCACCCCACCUGCCACUGAGCCCCAGCCUCUGAAACCCCUUCCAUUGAGUGUGGCUCCCCAGUCACCUCCAGCAGUGAAGGCAAAACCCAAAUGGCAGCCUGCCUCUGCUCCCUCGCCGGAUUUCCCACCUCCUCCACCAGAGAGCAGCUUAGUGUUUCCUCCUCCGCCUCCUUCCCCAGCUACCUCUGCAGGUUCUCCCCCCCCUGACAAAUCAGGGUCUCCAGUCAAAAAGGCCAGCAAGACAUCAAGCCCUGGAGCAAAGAAACCGCCUCCAACACCUCAGCGGAACUCCAGCAUCAAGUCCACCAGCUCCACUGAGUACAGUGAGUCCAAGAGACCUUCAGUGGACCGCCUUGUCAGCAAAUUUGCACACCCACCAGAGCCAUCAGGGUCUCCAUCAAAGGAGUCAUCACCUCCUGUGGCCCCUCCAAAGCCUGGAAAGCUCAAUCUCUCUGGUGUGAGCUUGCCCAUUGUCCUUCCGCAGGGAGGGAUCCCGGCCAAGGCUCCUGCUCCAGGUGUAUCUGGGAAGGAACCCAUGGUUGAAUUUCCUUCUCCGCCAUCGGAUUCAGACUUUCCACCACCACCACCUGAAAUAGAUCUUCCUCUCCCACCUGUUGAGAUACCAUCUGUGUUUUCAGGCAGCACUUCCCCAAAAGUUGCUGUGGUCAACCCUCAGCCUCAGGCGUGGUCGAAACCAUCAGUUAAAAAAGCUCCACCACCCACACGUCCUAAGCGGAACGACAGCACUCGGCUGACACAGGCAGACGUCGCGGAGUCACCGGCCACACCUGGCCCCCAAGUGCCCACUUCACCCAAGUCUAGCCUUAGCGUUCAGCCAGGAUUCCUGGCAGACCUCAACCGGACGCUGCAGCGGAAAUCCAUCACCCGGCACGGCUCCCUCUCCUCUGCACGGAUGUCCAGAGCAGAGCCCACUGCCACCAUGGACGACAUGGCCUUGCCACCACCCCCACCGGAGCUUCUGGCUGACCAGCAGAAGACGAGCAGCUUCGGGGGCAGUCAUAUAUCCGGCUAUGCAACAUUACGGAGGGGGCCGCCCCCUGCACCUCCCAAAAGGGAUGAGAACACUAAGCUGUCACGGGACUGGUAGUCGGUCACCUGGGGCUGGUGCUCUCCAUGGCUUGUGGGCUGCUCUGUGAUCAGCCAACCCGUGAUGUUGUGCACUUGGAGAGAAUGCGGGGACGUGGACAAUAGCCCUGUCAAAAGAGGUGAUCUCAAACUGUAGCCGAGGCUAAAGAUAGAGAGACGUUCCCCUCUCGUGGCUAGGCCAAAACAGCUGGGGGCUGGGGGUUGUCAGUAUUUUAUUGGGGGAGGUGGGUAGAGGGGCGUUGACUUAACAUUUUCAAUUUCUUUUACCCUUCAUAUGGAUUGGACCAAAAUCCCUUUUUCUUACUUUUUCUGCAUUUGGGGGGAAGAUAAUUUUUUGUAGUGUCUGUCCAUGUGAGACAUGUUUGUGCAUGUAUUAUAAGUGUAGGUAUAUAAUAUAUUGUGAUAUAUUUCAUUGCAAUUAUAGAAGAUAACCAGAAUGUUUUUGUAGAUCCGUAUUUAUUGUUUCGGUCACUAUAUAUUAUUGGGAAUCAGACUCUGUAACCAGUCAAAUCUGAUUGUAAACAUGAAACUGUAGGGGGCACUUUAAAGAAAGGAGGAGAAAAAAAAAGAAAAAGAAGCAGGGAAAAAAAACCCAAAGACAAACAAUUUGGCAGUUUGUGAUGGGUAAAUGGUGCAGAGUUGAGAUGUUCUGCUAGUAACUGUACGUUGGUCAUUGAUUGAAAAAUACAAACGCAACAUACCAAAACAUUCUGGUCAUAAUACUACUGAAAAUGAGUAUGUUCUGAGGAAGAAAAUAGAUUUUAUAUAUAGUGGGCUGGAGUGAAAUAUAUUUAUACUAUAAAGAACCUCCCCCUCACUUCCGAAUAGUUUAAAAAUAUACACUGCUAUAAAUUAAUUCAAAGUUAUUUGUCCAUGAAGUAACUAGGAUAAGUAUAUAUUAUUCCAAUCCAUUAUGCAUCUUAACUUUAUAGCAGGCUUGAUCAUUUGUUUUUAUGACACAAGGUGACUAUUUGUGUUAACCCCUUCUGAAAGCUGCCAGGACUCCUGCAACCAGUGCCGACCCACAAGGCGGACCCCUGUGGAUACGCCACUUGUACGUGUAACUCUUUCCCUGAAUGAACAGGUAGGUUUUGGCAGCAAGCGUUACGUUCUCAAAUGAACAAACAUAGCGCAGUCUCACGCUGUCUGUGCCCAGUGAGAUGUAUUACCUUUGCAGAAACAAGUGUCAGGAAGCAGUUAAACGUACUGUUUGUAAUUUAUUAGUAGCUGUUAGGAAAUAUUGCUUUCUAGAAAGAGAGAAGGGAUUGGUAACUUGAGGCAAGCACAGCUGCAAUUCUCUUUUCUUUGACCUGCCAGAAACUGUGACCAAUGCAUAAAGCUGUUAAUUAUGAAGUUGCACUUCUAACAGUCAAGGGUAGGACUGGAAAAAAAGUCUUUGAGAGGCAGUAACGUUUGCAGACAGUUGUAAGGGGCCACAUGAGUAGGAAAUAUUUGCUUUGUUUUUUGGUUUGCCACAGAGUCACAAUCAUGGCAUCAGGUACCACAGUCCUUUUUUUGUACUUCAGAAGUUUCAUUAUGCUGCUUUAGCCAUGGCUUGGACACAGUAAAGUUAGUGUAGUUAGCAUAAGUGUUCUUGUGUGUUAUGCAUGCUCCUUACAGGGUAGUGGUACACAGUCUAUGUAAGUAAGUUAAGCAGAAUAUUGGGCCUGCACCUAGGCCAUCCUUGGUUGUCGUAACUUCCUUGGUCACAACAGGGAUGCUGUCAAGGCUGAGAUGUCAAAAGGAUUUUAUUAUUGUUUGCCUUUUCUCCAAAAGCAAAUAUUAUUACACGCUUUCCUUCCUCCAGAAGUGAAACAAGGCAGUAGUUUAACCUGACAGUGUCUUCAAGUGUGUGAAAUAAGAGAGACAAGCUAAGCUCCUGUUAGAGAAAUUCAUGCUGAUAUAAAUAUUGUGAGAGGGUCUGCUAUUCCUUUUUUAAUAGUUUUUUUUUUGUAAAUCUAAAUAAUAAAAUAAAUGUCUUUAUGAGUAAUUUAUCAAUAGGAAAAAGUUUGCCAAUUAGAAGGAAAAAUGACACAUAACUAUAUAGUUUUAAAUAAGUGCAUCGAGAAAAAUCAAUGGUGCUGUCUCUGCUUUCCUCUUUCAUAUCCUUUUUUGAAAUCUCUUUCAGCACCUCUGGAAAUUAUUUUAGUAUUUCAGACUAGUUUUUUUGAGCAAUAAGGAUAUACCAUUGUGUGCAUUUUUAAAGCAUUGCUGUGGAAAGGCACUUUUUUCUAUCUUUCAGAUUGUUCACAAUUUUUCAUUUCUAAUAUUUUUGUGCUUAUGAAGUGUCCUUAAAAGCAUUUGUGUUGUUGAUUUUGAGCAUGCUCAGUAUAGCUGGCUAAUAAGUUCACAGAAAAACUGUUAAGCUAUACUGGAAUUCAUGGGUGCUGUAAUUCUCUACAUUGGUCCUCCUGCUGCUUGGUACUGUAUGCGGCUCGUGGGGUUUGUACCCCAAAGUGGUGCAAAAUGUGUACAGACACAGUCCUAACUCCCCAGCUGUUACUGGCGAUAGGCAGGUGGGCGCAUUCUCUGCUUCCUGGUAGGGUGCAUAUGUGAGGUGAGUUGACACACAGUGUGUGCUCCCAGACGAGAGCAAUCAGGGAAUUCUGCUUAUCUCCUCUUUUUUCUUUCUCUGCAAAACAAUUCCACUGGUGGGUGACGGUUCUGUUUUUUUUCCUUCUGUUCAUUCAGUGCAGGUGCCUCUGGGAUUUGCAUUUGACAGAGCAAUGUUUCGAGUGCAGGUUUUUCAAAGGUGUUUGAGCGUUGUUCUUUUUGUUUUCCUGUGCCCGUGUUCAUUUACCCAGUAUCUCCCAUGAGACAAUAAAUCCAUGCUUAAUUUUGCAGGCUACUAAAGAGCUUGCUGGGAGACAGAAAUUGAACACCAACUUUAGAGCACAAAGAAUGAGCGUCAGCAAAGGUGGCACCCUUCUUAGUACAACUUCCUUCAUUAGUAAGUAGUCAUAUAGAAAUAUAGCAAGUGGCUGCAGCUUUCUUUCAGAUGAGCGCUAAAAUUUGGAUACAGAGUGGUUUGGAAAACCUGGAUGCCUUUUCAGCUUGUGAGACCUGCUGACAGAACUUGUUUUUCCAGUGUAUUUACUGUUUUUAUGACAGCAAAUAUGUAUGCCUUAUUUUACAAGUAAGCUAUUUUUGCCCUUGUGCACCGGUCUCUGAAUUCUACCAGUUUCUCUGCUAAAAUCAUCAGAAAAUAACGUACAGCAAGAUGCUUCUUGCUGCAAACACGGGGCUGUAAUCCUUUCGGCACUAUUAAAAUGAAUAGGUGAGAGCCGGGCUUGCAUACUCUCUACGCAAAGAUAGCAGAUGCUUUCAUCCUAGAAUGCUGAAAGUGGAUAGCUGUAAUUACAUGUAUAUGUAUUUGACUCGUAAUGUCAGGGAAAGCCUUGCUUCUGCAGGAGUUGAUGAGAGCGGACAGUGGCAUUCUGUACUGUUCCUGUGCCCCUUCUUUCCACUUUCCUCUGCCAGACAGCGGUGGCAUCCACCCCGCAGGUAGCAGAGCUCUGUUCAGCCAGCAGAGAGAGGAGUUAUCUGCGUGCAGAAUGCGUAGGAAGCAUAGGCUCGUGGACUUCCAUUGUAAUUCUGCUCUUGAGGUGCUUUGGAAGGGAAAACUAGGCUCUCAUAACAGCAGUAACCAGAGGGGAGAAAAGAUAAUAAUAAGAAAGCUUUUUAGCAAAUGGUUCUAAACAAAUAAUUGAUAACGUUUGGGGUGGACAUGCCGGUCUUCUGUUUUGUCCUUCAAAACAGGAAGGAGGCACGAGUCCCACAAAAAAGAAAGAAGUAAACUAGUUAUUUCAGUUCUUUUACAUGGAAAUUGCCUGCUUUCCUCUGCGCAGUAGCUUCCUCGUGCAACAAAAGACUACUUGCUCUAACUUGGUGCGCAGCCUCAAAGCCAAAGAGCUCCUCUCCUGAACUUACUGUGCCAUUUCCUGCAGAGCACCAGGGAACAACAGACACAUCAGGGAGACACCAAGGUACCUGAAUCGCUUUGGCUUCAGGACUAAUGGGAGAGGGAGCAAUAUUUUAACAAGUGCAUUUUAAGAUUUACUGUUGGGGAGUUGCACAUAUGGAGUUUUGUUGUUGUUUUCCUCAUUUCUUUGUCCACGUAGCACAAAUCAGAGUGGCCAUUCUUGCUCUGGGUUAAAAUUAUUUCUUUCCACAGUUAAAGGAACCAAAAGUGCCGUUUCAACUGCAGAAGGGCAAAAAAGAGAUUUUUUUUCUGCUUAUUACAGAAAACUGCAUAGACUCUAAUUGUUGUACUUCAGUGUACCAUUACAGGUAAAAUUCUCUUAUUGAAAAUAAGAUAGUAAGUGGGUCUUACUUUGAGCAUUACUUCCAGCACCGAAUCACGUUAAAAUCAGUUGCAUCUCCUUGAUUAAUUGGGUCAUUGUAUGGCUUGCUGGCUUUACCUAUAGCUGGAGAACAUUUGCUGUGGUAGAGAAUAAGAUUUACCAUUGGCAAAUAUUGUUAACCUAGAGCCCAAUUCUUGGAGCUGUAGUGGUAUUUUUGUUCAGUUUGUUACCUGCAGAAUUUUCAACACUUGAUGCUCUUCCUGGUUUUUAGCAUUUACUUCCAAGUAGUGGCAGUAGUUUAUAAAGGUAUUUUCUGUUUGGUGUAAAUGUGUGCGACUUCCACCUUGUCAGCAUAUGUACUUUCUUGCAGUUUUGUCUCAGUCCAAACAGGAGCAAUGUAAACUCCUGCCAGAAGGUAGCGACGAUAGUGAAGAUGUGAUCAGAACAUGGGAGCAGUUUUGUUUUCUUGGUGGUUUUUCCUUUUUUUUUUUUUUUUUUUGCCUCAUUGUGAAGACGUAGAAUUAUAUUCUUGUUCAAACAGUGCUCCUCAUCUGGGGACAAGGGCAGUCUCAAUUCUUUGGUGGUAGGAGCUUCCUGAUUUGUGGCUCCUGGUGUUCAGCUUUGUGUUCCUUUUUUCCACUUGGAGUAGACUGCAAUCUAGAGAGCAUUUAACACUACAGCUUUCCCUUACAUGUUUCUAUAAAUUGCUGGUGGUUUUAAAAUUUUUAUUUUAGAAGCGUAAUUACAUUUUUCUAAAACUGAAUAUUUUUCCCUUCUGAAUUCCUUUUUUCCUUCAGUCAAAAAAAAAGUGACAAAACCAGCAUUACAGUGCAGGGGUCAGCACUCACUAAUACUGCGAUCCAAUGAGACACAGGCUUUGUCUAGUUUUGAAAAGCUUAAGGAAUUCCUAAGAUGCCAAAGAUGCAUUCAGAGCUAAAUUUCAGGUACGCAGAUGUGCUUGCAGCAGCUGCUCCUGCUGUCAGCUGCCCUGCAGCCACGUCCUUGACUCACCACUGUAAGGUAACUGAGUAUAGACCUGCAAGGGGUGUGUGGGCAAAGGGCAGUUUAGCUGGAGAACCUGUGCUCAAAGACUCCCUUGUUGGUAAUUUGGUGCAGCGCUUAUACUUUAAAAAGGAAAAUCAAUACUUCCACAAUUUACAAUUGAAAUCUUAGGUUUCCUCCUAGUGGACUGCCAUGGACCAGAAAUUAACUGGAGCAGCAGUUUGUUUUAUGGCUUACACUAACUACUGUUAGCAGCCACUAGUAAGUAAUAUCCUGUAUAAUACUGGGGAUGCAAAUGUAAGAAGUGUCACUGCAACGAUGAUUUGUCUGUACAGCAAACUUGUGAUGAGUGCUGUAAAUACAUUCAUGUUUACUGCUUUAAAAAAGAAAAUUGCACAUUCUAUCUUUACAUGGGAUUGCCUCCCCUCUUCUUCCCUUUCCAAAAAAGAAAAAUCAAAGCUCUUUUAGACUGCUAGCUUCAGGUUGGGGGGAGCUUUGCCAUAUUAUAAAUAUAUAUAAAUAUAUGUAUAAAUAUACUUUUUUAAGCAUGAGAGAGGACAAAAGAAAUACAUUAUAGAGUACCCAAUAUAGAUCAUUAUACAAUGGAAUAUGCACAAUUCAAUAAAGAUGUAGUUAAAUUUAA